AGCUGGCAAUCAGCGGUGGUAGUUGGGCGAGUGGGCGGUCCUGCACAGCGGGACAUCCAAUGGGAGACGACGCUGCGUGUGUCGCCAUGGUGACGGGGCUGUGCCCAAGGAGGUUGUGAUGGGUUGACAGGUGCGUGACAAUCGGAGGCUCUCUGCAAGCAUGUACGCCAAAGGCAAGAGCAGCAACGUGCCGUCCGACAGCCAAGCCAGAGAAAAGUUGGCUCUUUACGUGUACGAGUACCUGCUGCACGUGGGAGCACAGAAGUCAGCACAGACCUUUCUCUCGGAGAUCCGAUGGGAGAAGAACAUCACGUUAGGAGAACCUCCAGGGUUCCUCCAUUCAUGGUGGUGUGUUUUCUGGGACCUUUACUGUGCAGCUCCAGAGAGGAGGGACACAUGCGAACACUCCAGUGAAGCCAAGGCCUUCCAUGACUACAGCGCCGCAGCAGCUCCCAGCCCCGUCCUCGGUAACCUUCCCCCAGGAGAGAGCAUGCCAGUGGGGCCGGUCCCUCCAGGAUUCUUCCAGCCCUUCAUGUCACCUCGAUACCCCGGAGGACCCAGACCGCCCCUCAGACUACCCAAUCAGGGUCUUGGAGGAGUUCCAGGUAGCCAGCCCAUGUUGCCUACCGGGAUGGACCCCACAAGACAGCAAGGGCAUCCAGGCAUGGGAGGGCCGAUGCAGAGGAUGACGCCACCUAGAGGCAUGGUCCCUCUGGGGCCCCAGAACUAUGGAGGUGGAAUGAGACCCCCACUGAAUGCCUUGGUUGGUCCUGGGAUGCCGGGUAUGAGCAUGGGGCCUGGUGGUGGGAGACCUUGGCCAAAUCCUCCAAACUCAAACUCUACCCCCUACUCGUCUGCAUCUCCAGGCAGCUAUGUGGGGCCUCCAGGAGGAGGGGGUGCGCCGGGAACUCCAAUAAUGCCAAGUCCAGCAGACUCAACUAACUCCGGGGACAACAUGUACACCAUGAUAAACACGGUCCCUCCUGGUGGAAGCCGACCGAACUUUCCCAUGGGCGGAGGCAGCGACGGUCCGUUGGGGGGAAUGGCUGGAAUGGAGCCGCAUCACAUGAAUGGAUCUUUAGGGUCGGGCGAUAUGGACAGUCUCUCCAAGAACUCUCCUGGUAACCUGAGUAUGAGUAACCAACCCGGGACACCCAGGGAGGACGGGGAGAUGGGAGGGAACUUCCUUAAUCCGUUUCAGAAUGAAAGUCAGUAUUCUCCAAACAUGACAAUGAGCGUCUGAAGACUCGGGAAGCAGGUUUUUCUCAGUCCCCCGUUAACCUGUUUUGGGGGAAAUCGGGAGCAGAGACACAUAAUCUGACAUCGUUUAGGCCAGUGACUCCUCGUCCGCCAUAGCUGCGCCACUUCCCCCGAACCCUCUGUGGUUUCUGCCCAUGGCUCUUCUCUUCAGUUUCUUCAAAGUGGUGACUCUGCUACCUUCAUCAGACUGUACAAUGGAAACCAACUGCAACAAGCCAGAGGAGAACCCUUUGUAUAUUUACGUCCGGUGUGCAUGGAGCAGUGUAUGCACAUCCAGCAGAUAACUCUGACCAAAUGCAUUCUACUGAAGAUGAAUGACAAGAGCCCAGAGUAUCCAGAAUGUUUUUUUUUUUAAAUAAUUUAUCCAAUUGUUAAACAUGUUAUCAGAUUUUUAUGACAAAUUCCCUUUUUUUUAUUACUACAUAAAGGCAAACCCAGCCCAGUCACAAGCCUCUUAGCCUUAUUUCAGUCUUUUUGCAGUUAUUUAAGACAUAAUUGUCAACAUCUGUGGUCGUCUACACCAUUGAAGCCAACUAUGUUGCUUUAUUUUAUUAUUUAUUUAUGUUUUGGAGAAGCAUUUUUUUUUGUCUAUCCUGAACUCAUCCACAAACAUGGCACACAUCUUUCAGUUUGUCUCAACAAAAGAGGUCAAAUAAGUGAGGCUUAGAGUCGGCAAUGGUCCAAAUUCAGAUUUGAACACACUCUUUGAAUACAGUUUUUGUAAAUAUAAGCAGUUGAACAAAAAUUUAAAACUAUUUUAAAACCAUCAAGUUGACCUCUAUGGUAUGGUCUAUGUUCUGUUUUUGGAUUAGUUGAGUUGUGGGAAACUAUAUUUGGAAGAGAGCAGCAAAGACAAUUGGUUGCAGUUUUCACAAACGUCCAUAAGUCAGUUUGUCAAUUUCUUUCCAGCCAAGGAUAAUUUGCCUCUCUGUGUGUUAAGAUGUAAACAAAUUGUGAUGUAACUCAUGGGUGAUAGGCUGGCAGGGCCAGAGUUUUCCCUCUGUACGGCAUACCUGCAAUGUGACGUUUCAACAAGCGUCGGUAAGAAUCAAUGUUUUCUUCUUUUAGCUGAAACAACCAGAAGUUGCAUCAUUUUCCCCCCUUAGUUGUGGAUUCUCUGACCUCUCCUACUUUGAAUAUGGAUUUAAAGUUUCCCUGAGUCUCCAUCCUGGAACCACAAGAAGCACAGUGGGUCUAAAUCUCUGAAUCCAGCCGAGACAGACGUUAUGGAUGAACGGCAACGGGCGAACUCAAAAAGCACUGAUCACUCCUAAAUAAUUGUCAUCCGGAUAAACUGUGAUUUUAUUAUGAUUUAAAAGUUGAUUGGUACAGAAAGCUAACAGCUUGUUUUUGAUUUAUUAUUAUUAUUAUUUUUAAAACAAAACUUUCCAGUGCCCAUGAUUGUCACUAUGUACAAAGGUCAAUAUUUGUGUGAACAUGCUCGUCUCCCUUCCAAUACUUCAACAUGUACAGGUUACAAAUGUAGCUCCUCUCUCUUCUAUGUGUAUUUGAUGUAAUUAUUAUUUGAAUAUUAAUCUGCAGAGAAUCACUGAUAUGGGAGGGAAAGGACUGAUGAGCCACUAUCACACCUGAAAGGAGAUAUUUGAGUCUUAUUUUUUUUGUGUUAGACUGAAGCCAUAAGUGGGAGUACAAGAAGAUAAGUUUGUAAAUUAGAUCACCUUUCUGUUUUGUGACGCCAUGUGGGACUUCAUUUGUGAUGUGUUCAUUUUUUCUCUUUUUUAUUCUUGUAUUAUGUUUUUGUAAAUAAGCAGAGAAGUUUCAUGGGUUUUGAAUUUACUGGUAUAAAGCUUCUCUUCCCUUA